AUGGAGUUCAAAGAUUCCCCAAUGGCCCAGUUCCAAGACUCACCAACCGAGUCACUAAUGUCCAUUCCUGGAGAGAAUUUCGCAUCACUAUUCGCAGUCACUACUCCUAGCGCCACUUCAACAAUGAACCCAAUGGAGAUGAUGACCCCUCAGUCAUGUUCGGAGGAUCAGACAUCAUCCUUCACUCACAUCAAGGAAGAGGACGAUGCUUCAUCAACGCCAUCACCAUCCCCCACUCCCGAAAAGAAAACCGCCAAGAAGCGAAAGUCGUGGGGCCAGGUCCUUCCCGAGCCCAAGACAAGUCUUCCCCCUAGAAAACGAGCUAAGACUGAUGAUGAAAAAGAACAGCGCCGUGUGGAGCGAGUUCUUCGCAACCGUCGUGCUGCCCAGUCUUCUCGUGAACGCAAGAGGCAAGAGGUUGAAGCUCUUGAGAAGAGAAAUCAAGAACUUGAGGCUGCUUUCAAGAAGCUUCAGGAAGAGCAUGUCAAUCUUAAAAUGCAGUUCCAGCAAGCUCAUUCAUCCGGUCUGGUAACACACUCUUCCCCCCUCGAGUCUUUCCGAGAGAACCCUUCCCUAUCACAAGGGCUGUUCAACCCCCAAGCCACCCACACAGGAAUUGACGAGCUUGUCUCUUCCAACACUACUGUUGAUCCUACGACUCUAUCCCCUCAACUGUUACCUGUCGCCGAAUCAUUUGAAGAGACCCUUGACCAGGAGCCCUCAAAGGAGGCGAAACUCGAACAGACCGAAAGCACCUCUCCCGACCUGACACAACUGUCACAUGUCGGCGGAGAUGCCCAAGUCGUUCCUGUUAUCGCAAACCUCGAUGGCGCUAACAUCGGCCUGGCUCCUGCAGCUUCAGAUGACGCUGCUUUCAGCCUUGGUGGCGCUUAUGUUCUUCCAGCGUCCAUUGACACAGAUCGCUGUGUCCUUGAAAGCGGGUAUCUCUCUUCACCCCACUCCUCAAUUAUUGGCGACGAUUAUAUGGCUGGUGACACUCCCGCGUUCAGUCUCAACGACGACUUUGACAUCAGUGUCUUCUUCAACGACGAUGCAAAUGCCAUCUCGACAGAAUCUAUGGCAACGAGCGACUUCGCCGCUGCGACCAGUAGCCACGAGCCCCAGACCAGCCCGAUCCUGGCGCGUCCCCUAGCGGAUGCGACGUUGGUGGCAUUGCGGUUGGUGACUGAGGGAUGCGAUAAUCAAGUCGAGGUCUUGAGGCGCGGAACUGAUGGAUCGCGCGGCCAAGACGGCGAGUUGACACAGUAUCUGACUAACAUGGCCUUGCCGUCACGUGAGCUUUUGAUGACUCUACUCUGGGCUAUUCGCCUGGAGGAGAGACAGAUCCAGCAUGAGACAGGUGAAGUUCUCGAAGUCGAAACUCGGUCCCAGCCACAUACACACCAACCAACAGUAAAAACUGUUUUGCCAGUUCUUUCGGAGGAAGAGUUUGAUUGGGCAGAUGCCCGCGAGGGCUUACUUCGCGGCGAGGAUCUGUCAUAA